GCCCCGGCCCUCGCCGCUCCCGCCGCCGCCGCCAUGUCGGGCCGGUCGGUCCGGGCCGAGACCCGCAGCCGGGCCAAGGAUGACAUCAAAAAGGUGAUGGCGGCCAUCGAGAAAGUGCGGAAAUGGGAGAAGAAGUGGGUGACUGUGGGUGACACGUCCCUUCGGAUAUUUAAGUGGGUGCCAGUGACUGACAGCAAAGAGAAAGAGAAGUCCAAGUCCAACAGUUCGGCAGCUCGGGAACCCAACGGUUUUCCCUCCGACACCUCCGCCAACUCCUCCCUCCUCCUAGAGUUCCAGGACGAGAACAGCAAUCAGAGCUCCAUGUCGGACGUGUACCAGCUCAAAGUGGACAGCAGCACCAAUUCCAGCCCCAGCCCUCAGCAGAGCGAGUCCCUGAGCCCCGCACACACCUCCGACUUCCGCACGGACGACUCCCAGCCGCCCACCCUGGGCCAGGAGAUCUUGGAGGAGCCCUCCUUGCCUGCCUCAGAAGUCGCCGACGAACCUCCCACCCUGACGAAGGAGGAGCCCGUCCCCGUGGAGACCCAGGUUUCCGAGGAAGCGGAAGACCCUGGGGCUCCCCCGCUGAAGCGCUUCUGCGGGGACCGGCCCGCGGCGCCACCGACGGCAUCCGAGAGCUAGCGGGAUCCCAGAGCCCCAUCUGCCCGACCGCCCGCCCACCCACCCACCCAGCCCCUCGCCUCUAUUUAUUGGAUUCUGGUUCAGGCCACGCCGCGUCGCCGAGGGCGGGGAGGGCCUCGGCCCCGCGGUCCGGCCCGGGAUCCCGGCGUUACCUCCCUGCCCCCUAGGUCCCUCUCUGCUUGCUUUCCGGCCCCCGGGCCCCGGGCUGGCGGAGGCCAUACGGGCCGGGGGCCGGGCCACCCCCGCUCCACUUGCCACCUCGGCGGGCCGGGUUCGGGUUGCGGGGGGGGGUCUCCCGCCACCGCCGCCCCAGACCCCAGCUGUCGCCCCCAGGUUUGCAGCCGCCCCCUGGAGAGACGGGUCUUGGAGAAGGGUCUCCGUCCAGAGCCUCCACCCCGUGGCCUCCCGAAUGCCCCCGGCUUGGAGCCGGAUAGUCACCGGCUGGGCAGCGGCCCGGGGACUUUCCCAGCAGGCCCCAGGGCCGGUGCCAAGGGAGCAGGAGUGGGGAGAAGGAGGGGGAGAUGCUCAGAAACUCCCCCGGCGGACAGGCCUCCGGGGUGGUCCCACUCUCGCUCCCGUUCCCGCUCCCUACAGUAGUCCCGUCUCCCGGAGCCGCCCCAGCGGCCUGCCCUCGCCCACUCCCCCCACGGCCCCACCCCGGCCCGUGUCCCAGCAAGAGCUUGUGUGGCCUGUGUAGUGUGGCUACGGCAAUCCCCCUCUGCCCACCCCUCUCUCCCCUCCACUCCCUCCCCCUCAACCCAGCUCAGAUUUUCGGGAAAACUCCUUUUCUUUGGAAUCUGCAUGUCGAAUCGAACUCUUGUGAUUUUAUUUUUUUCGUUCCAAAAGAAGAAAACAGAAGUUUAAGAAAAUGGAAAUGGGCGACUGUGAGUGAAGACAUAUUUUAGCACUGAAUAGAAUAUUUUUAAAAUUAAACUAUUUGAAAUACGUUU